AUGAGUUUUCUCUACAGCCAGCUGUUUAAAUCCCUUCCGUACCCCCAGGGCUCAUACGCCGGCAAGACCGUCGUGAUCACCGGCAGCAACGUCGGCCUCGGAAAGGAAGCCGCGCGACACUUUGCCCGCCUCGGCGCCAGCAAGCUGAUCCUUGCCGUCCGAAGCCUCGACAAGGGACGCGUCGCCAAAGAGGACAUCGAAGCCACGACCAACUGCGCCAAGCACGUCGUCGAAGUCUGGGAGCUCGACAUGUCCAAGUAUGCCAGCGUGCAAAAGUUCGCAUCUCGCCUCAGCGCCGAGCUGGAGCGUGUCGACAUCUUCAUCGCCAACGCCGGCGUGGCCCACACCGAGUUCAGACAGAUGGAGGAUAACGAGGGGACGAUCACGGUCAACGUCGUCUCCACAUUCCUCCUGAUGGCGCUCGUCUUGCCCAAGAUGAAGGAGACGGCGGCCAAGUUCAGCACCCGGCCCACGUUCACGAUCACGUCCUCGGAGGUCCACGGGUGGACGAAAUUUGAACAGCGAAAUGCGCCUGACGGCGAGAUCUUCAACACCAUCAACGAGGAGGCGUCCAAGUCUUCGGACGAGGUGGGGAAGCUCUACCCCCUCUCCAAGCUCCUCGAGGUGCUCGGCGUGAGGACAUUUGCCGAGCUGCACCCGGCGUCCGAGUACCCCGUCACGGUCAACAAUGUCAAUCCGGGCUUCUGUCACUCCGAGCUAACCCGCGACAUCCAAACAUGGCGCAUGUGGCUCAUGAAGCUCUUUCUGGCCCGGACAACAGAGUAUGGUAGCAGAACCUUGGUGUCUGCGGGGUCUGCGGGGGCCGAGUCUCACGGUCACUACAUGUCCGACUGUGCCGUUGCGGAACCGGCGCCGUUUGUGACGAGCAAGGAAGGAAAGGAGGCGCAAGAUCGGGUGUGGAAUGAGCUUGUGCAGAAGCUGGAGGCAAUUCAGCCGGGUGUCAUGAGCAAGAUCUGA